AGGUUAUGAUUUUCUGCAGUCUUCUUUGCUAGAAUACUUGUUUUAGAAUUUCUCUUCCAGUAAACAGAUAUAAGCAAGUAAAAUUUUGAUUGCAUUGUGACAACGUGAUCGAAAGGCACAGAAAAUAAAGUGAGAUUCUAGAUUUAAUACAUCUCUAAUUUUUAGCAAGUGCCGAGAUUGUUAGAACCUUGAUGAUGGACUCUUUUUCGGGGCACUAUUCGUUGUAAAUAUAAUGAAAGGUUGUUCAAAUUGAUUUGGUACAUUAAUUCGACAUUAUGGCAGAUCGCUUGACACAAUUACAAGACACCAUAAACCAACAAGCAGAACAUUUCUGUAAUAGUGUCGGUAUUCUACAACAGUUUUCUACACCCAGUAAAUUUCCUGGUUUUGAUCGCAUUGGUACUCCACAACCACAUCAAUCUCAAGAAGAUUAUGCCGCCUUAUUUGCCAGUCUUAUUGCAAGAUGUGCCAAAGAUAUAGACACAUUAAUAGAGAGUUUACCGAGUGAAGAGUCGUCACAAGAGUUACAAGUGGCCAGUCUCAGCAGACUCGAGCAGGAGAAUCAACAAGCUGGUGAGCAAUUGGAGGAAGUGGUAAGACAAGGCGAAGCACUUCUUCAGCGAAUCCAGGCGGCUCUACAAGAUAUCGCACAAAGUCAAUUAGAUAUGCAAAAUCCCACGUCGACGACUGUAAUUAACAUGAAUCUUAAUACUUCUAAUAUAAAGCAAGAGAGCCUCAGUUCUAUAAACACUGUACCUUCAAAUAACACACAUCAAAUAUCAGAUCCUUCACCUAAUUCAAUAAAUCAAUGACAUAUUUAUGAUUUAUUGUAAUUAUUUGAUAUAAAUUUAACGCAAAUCGCUCUUAUAGUUUGUAAAAUCAAAUUAGUAUAUUAAUUUCAUGUUUGAAAGACAAUUACAAUUACAACUAUGUAAUAGUCAUAACAAAUUUAUAAAAAUUGUUUGAGACAAUAAAUGUUACAUGAGUUUACA